GUGUGGGGCCACACGUAAGUCCACGUGUUUGUUCAACUACAUAGAUAUAUUCAUAAGCACCGUUCGAGUGUAGUAAUAGCACACGUAAGUCGACGUGUUAGUUCACCUGCGAUAGACCGGACAGACCGAUGCGACACUAACACAAUCUGAGUACUAAAACUUGAUGCACGUCGACAGCUAAGCCAAGGAAUACGACACACAUUUCUUGAUGCAGUAUGUCGUUCGCGCCCAAAUCUUUAGAGAUUGAUCCGGAUUUGGCGAAGAAGCUUUUCGAGGAAGGUGGGAAAAUACUAGCACUAGACGUUCCGGCAGGCACGGAGUUCGGAUUAGAUUACAAAUCAUGGACUGUUGGAGACAGGUUUAAAGGCGUCAAAUUUCUGCCUCACGGUAUCCACAUGGCUUACUAUAGCUCGAUAUCGAAGUCAACGCGUGAUGUCGGUCCCCGGACCGCGUUUUUCUUCUUCACACAGGGACCUGAAGUUGUAGUAAGGAAAUGGGACUGCGACUCAGAAGACCUUGUGGAGGAAUCAGACGCACCGCAGAGAGAGCGAUUGGCAAUGGCAAUCAGGGAGUUUGACCCAUUUCUGGGUACGUAUCCGCUCGAGUCAUAUACUACAUGGCACAAUUUAACCCAUUUCGUAACUCCUGCGGUUGUUCAACGUCAUCAACCGCUGGACGGGAAGCUCAGCUCCGUCAAUACGCAAUCCAGCCUUGUUGACAUGGAUGCAGACAAAGUACAGGAAGAACCGGUCCUCCCUGAAGCAAUGCUAGUCAUGCCCGAGUCUGCGUUUAGAUUCACAGAGAUACCGAGAAAGUGGCAUCCUUCAAACGCGACCAGCAAUGCUGUUACUCAAUCGUACAUGGAUAAGACUGGCUUGUUGAAGCAUCUACUUUCGAAUGAGUAUGCGAACAAUUACAAGGCGCUUCUAGGUGAGCUGCAAUUUGCCUUCGUGAGUUUUUUGGUCGGCCAAUGCUUCGACGCUUUUGAGCAUUGGAAGACAAUGGUGCACCUUUUAUCCUGGUGUGACUCGGCGUACGUGGAGAUGCCUAACUUAUUUUGCGACUUCGUUGCCACUCUACACUGGCAAUUAAAGGAAACACCAGAGGAUUUCUUCAUCGACAUUAUCUCGAAGAAUAAUUUCUUGUGCACGACAUUACAGCGGUUUUUCUCUGGUGUGGCGGACGCAGAAGGGGUCAGUACCGAGCUCACCUACCGUGUGGAGCGGUUUAGAUUAUUUGUCUCGGAUCGGUUUCAAUGGGACUUCGAACUAGAAGACGACGAUGACCUCCCGGUAGUGGUAGAAAUGUGAUCUUCCAUGCGCUGCUUACAGAUCUUGUAUGCUCUAGAGCCGGCUGUGAAGGUAGAUAGGGGACUAGAAACUUUCUUAUUCGUGCGUCACAGAACGACAUGUUUUCAACACUUUACUGAUAGCACUGAGGUAGUAAGAGUUGGCCAGGUUGUGAUGUACAGUGUACAGGGUGCAAUCGAUUUCUUGUCAAAGAGUGGGUAUUGGCGACAUGUGCACAAUCCGACCAUUUUGUUACAGCACUGGAGGGCAAAAAUUCGUGCGGACUUGGUUUACAAGAAGAUUCGCAUCGCAUUCCCAGUUCGUAUCGAAUCGCACGUGGUUCUCUCAAGGUAUGCACAUCACUGGAUGACUUGCCUUUUACAACGCGGGUGGUCAUCUUAUCACUGAUGUACAUUUUACGUGCUUGCGUAUGACGCCAUACACGCGCAUUUCAACACGAACGUUUAAUGCAAUGGGUGUGAGUACGGCAACGCACGUGAACCUCACCAAAUAUGCGGUGAUACUACGUGUGGUGGUCGAUAGUAGGCUGUGCGACUUGUGUGUUUGGGUUUGGGCCAUCCAUACUAGGAGGUUACCUACCUACAGCGCAAGCGCAACACCAUCAUGGUCAUGGUGUAUAUGUAUCAUUCACCAUAUAGGCAGGUCUGCCAAGUAGGCGAUUGAACGGAGUUUAACGCCAACGACCGUGUCAAUGAACCUGAAGUGAAGAGAUUUGUCUCUUAACCAUUGCAUGCAGGGCAUGCAGGUUAUAAACAUUCGUGUUCGUACUAUCAGGUGCGCUGUAGUGGUGGUCUGUGACGAGUGAGCACGAUCGCAAUUAAGUGAAUGUCGCAAAAUGAACUUUAUUUAUGCGCAUUGUGCAAUCAAUCGUUCGCCACAGCACUUGGUCGACAGGUACAGUUCUCUGGGGUUGUAUCCAAGUAACAGAUGUGGGAUGAGAUAUGCAGAUAGAAAGCUCGGAUAUUAACAGUAAUAUUUGACUAGAAAAGUACAUGCCGGCCUGAUACCAAAAUCGAUAGGUUUUAUCAAUUUACCAUGUAUGUAAAUAUAUAAAGACGACAAUAUACUCUUUAACAUCGAG